UUUCACUCCCACAAAGCGUGUUGUCGUCACCGGUCAGCUCCCAGCAGCAGCCUCCUGAAGGGGGAUCUACCCCGGAGGGCUCCGCAGUUCAACUCUCGACGAGCAGAGGAGGACUCACAGUCCGAGGCAGAGGCUCUCUCCGAGGAUGUGAAGAUAAGCGGCGCCCCGGCUCCACACUAGCUCUGUUCACACGCUCCACCAACGGCGGCGGUCAUUUCUAUGUAGGCUGGGGUCCAGAGGAGAUGUCUAACCAAGGAGUUCGGCGGAAUGGCCCCGUGAAGCUGCGAUUAACAGUCCUCUGCGCAAAAAACCUGGUGAAGAAGGACUUCUUCCGCCUUCCUGAUCCCUUUGCCAAGGUUGUUGUGGAUGGUUCAGGACAAUGCCACUCUACAGACACUGUGAGGAACACACUUGACCCCAAGUGGAACCAACACUAUGAUCUAUACAUUGGAAAAUCGGAUUCCAUCACUAUCAGUGUGUGGAAUCACAAGAAGAUCCAUAAGAAACAAGGAGCUGGCUUCCUGGGCUGUGUCCGCCUUCUGUCCAAUGCUAUCAACCGCCUUAAAGACACAGGCUAUCAGAGACUAGACUUGAACAAACUGAGUCCCAACGACAGUGACACAGUCAGGGGCCAGAUAGUGGUGAGUCUGCAGUCGAGGGACCGGAUAGGCACAGGAGGUCCUGUGGUGGACUGCAGUCGGCUGUUUGACAAUGAUCUUCCAGAUGGCUGGGAGGAGAGGAGGACCGCGUCUGGGCGAAUCCAGUACUUGAACCACAUCACACGCACCACACAGUGGGAGAGGCCUACCAGGCCGGCAUCGGAGUACUCCAGCCCCGGCCGUCCACUGAGCUGCAUCGUGGAUGAGAACACGCCCAUUAGCACGAAUGGUGCCACUCCCACCACAGCAUUACCGCCGAGUGACGGCGACCAGAGGGCCCAGGAGAGACGGGUCCGUUCGCAGAGGCACCGCAACUACAUGAGCAGAACCCAUCUGCACACGCACCCUGACCUUCCUGAGGGAUACGAGCAAAGGACAACGCAGCAAGGACAAGUUUACUUUCUCCACACCCAGACAGGUGUCAGCACGUGGCACGAUCCCAGGGUACCCAGAGAUCUCAGUAAUGUAAACUGUGAGGAACUGGGUCCUCUACCUCCGGGAUGGGAAAUACGGAACACGGCAACCGGGAGAGUUUACUUUGUCGAUCACAACAACCGAACCACACAGUUCACAGACCCGCGCCUCUCCGCUAACCUGCAUCUAGUCCUAAAUCCAAGUCCAAAUGGCUCUCGAGGAGGCAUUGAAAGUCAGAAUGUCAGUCGUCAGAACCAGUUGAAGGAUCAGGCCCAGCAGGCUCUGGUGUCCCCUGGUCAGCUCCCUGAGGAGGCAGAGUGCCUCACGGUGCCCAAGUACAAGCGAGACCUUGUUCAGAAGCUCAAGAUCCUUCGCCAGGAACUGUCCCAGCAGCAGCCUCAGGCUGGCCACUGUCGCAUCGAGGUGUCCCGUGAGGAGAUCUUUGAGGAAUCAUAUCGACAAGUGAUGAAGAUGAGGCCAAAGGAUUUGUGGAAAAGGCUGAUGGUGAAGUUUAGAGGUGAAGAAGGGCUCGACUAUGGAGGAGUGGCGAGGGAGUGGCUCUAUCUGCUGUCACAUGAGAUGUUGAACCCCUACUACGGCCUGUUCCAGUACUCCCGUGAUGACAUCUACACACUGCAGAUUAACCCAGACUCUGCUGUCAAUCCUGAGCACUUGUCAUACUUUCACUUCGUGGGCCGUAUCAUGGGGAUGGCGGUGUUCCAUGGCCACUACAUAGACGGGGGCUUCACGUUACCCUUCUACAAACAGCUGCUGGGUAAACCCAUCACCCUGGACGACAUGGAGUCUGUUGACCCCGACCUGCACAACAGCCUUGUCUGGAUCCUGGACAAUGACAUCACGGGUGUGCUGGACCACACCUUCUGUGUAGAGCACAAUGCUUAUGGAGAGAUCAUCCAGCAUGAGCUCAAGCCCAAUGGUAAAAGCAUCCCCGUCACCCAGGACACAAAGAAAGAGUACGUGCGACUCUACGUAAACUGGCGUUUUCUGCGAGGCAUAGAGGCUCAGUUUUUGGCUCUGCAGAAAGGUUUCAAUGAGGUCAUCCCCCAACACCUUCUCAAGGCUUUUGAUGAGAAGGAGCUAGAGCUGAUUGUAUGCGGCUUGGGUAAAAUCGACAUCAACGACUGGAAGUCGAACACACGACUCAAGCACUGCACUCCAGACAGCAACAUCGUUAAAUGGUUCUGGAAAGCUGUGGAGUCUUUCGAUGAGGAGCGCCGAGCCCGGCUGCUGCAGUUUGUCACCGGUUCCUCCAGGGUUCCCCUCCAAGGUUUUAAGGCUCUCCAAGGUGCUGCUGGCCCCCGACUCUUCACCAUUCACCAGAUUGAUGCCAGCACAAACAACCUGCCCAAAGCCCACACCUGUUUCAACCGGAUUGACAUUCCUCCCUAUGAGAGCUAUGACAAGUUGUACGACAAGUUGCUCACUGCCAUCGAGGAGACGUGUGGCUUCGCUGUAGAGUGAGUGCCCAAUGCCGGCAGAGCUCACCAACAACCAGAAGCAACGUGGUUCGGCCACAAUGAGCCCCCGUCCAUUCCAGCGGGGGUUCAUUGAUGGUUGCUUCACCCAGGGGUGCUCAUACUUCCCAGAGGACAAGCUAAGGGGAGGGUGGGCAAAGAAGACCUCAAAAUGUCACCUGACUCUGGGUUGUUUUUUUGUUUUGUUUUUUUAAGACCCCUACUGCCCCCCAGCCCUCCUUAAUAUCUUAUUUUUAUCUUUGAAAAGGAUCUCUUCAGCUGCUAAUAACUCAGACUAUUUACUAACUUGUGGAACCUGCAAAAUUUGCUGGCUCUUCCCUUUUCUAAGUUCAUUUUAGCAUUUAAAAAAAUACACCAUAUUUCAUGUAGCAAUUGUCGAUCUUGCCAAGCAGAAAACAAGGUCAGUCCGCUCUGAAGCAGCGGCCACAUUAACGAGGCCGCUGUCUGCUAGAGCACAGGGUUACAGGUGGUCACCACACAAACACUAAAUUUGGAUGCAUUGUGUGUGCAUGACUUGGGCUGUGUGGUGCCUCAGUGUGAUCACGUUGGGGCUAUCUGUAAUGCCAGUGAUGGGAAAACUGGGAUGUGUGCGAAUGAGAAGGCGGGACUCGAGACUGAAUUACAAUCGACUGUUUACAACCUUCUCCAAAGACAGCAGCGGGGACCACUGCCCCUGAGUCUGCGUUUCCAGAAAAGCCUGUUUUCACGCGUUUGGCAGCCGUGUUCGAAAAAGAGAAAAUGAAUGAAUGGCUUGAAAUGUGUUAUUUUUAUAUAACAGGGAAAAUUGAGAAAGAAACAAUAAAAAAAAUUCUAUAUAAUAUAUAUAAUUUAUUGCUGUUAUAUUUCAGAAACCCCUUUCCAUUGUUUCAGAAAAUAAAAUCUUUUAAAUGUUAAGUGUUGCUGUUUAAAUUAUAGAAGACAAUUUGUGAAAAACAGAAUUAAGCUUGACUGAAUUUCACUAAAGAAUGCUGUGGUUUAUUUCUCGACAUAACCCCUCAUACUGCACGGGGCGAGGUUUGUCUUAAGGGUAAAAGAAGUGAAAAAAUCUUAAACACACAAUGUCCUCUGAGUGCCAUACCUGUUUUUAAUGAAUGGAUCUUUGCAAAUAUUGAGCUGACCCUUUAAAUUCUACUGAUUUCAUCCUGGAGCUACAUGUGGUGAUGUGACAUUUCUCCCACCCACCUAUCAGUCAUUUGUAGCUGGGCUACGGUAAUGUCUCCGGCAUGAAGCCUGCCAUUAAUUUCUAAAAGGUGUCCAAAGUCUGUCUGUGUCCACUUUGCGCUGCCUCCAUGUUGCUUAUUGAUAAAAGAAAAACCUCUACUACCUUCUAGCCAUGUGGUGCUAUACAGCAUUAACACUUGUCUUAUAUUGGUGUCUUUGCUCAUUUGACAUACUACUGCUUGAAGUGCACAAUACACUACUCGCACUCACACCUGUUUGCGGACACACAUUUCCAAGAGCUCUACCUAGCCACGUUCUCAGGAGAUGUUAUAAGUAGAUUGCAAUGUUAGUUUGAUUUGAAACUAAUUCUCUGUCUUGAUUUCCUGAAUGCUAAAGGGGACCUAUUAUGCUGUUCCUUAUUUUCUGUCAUGUGUGCGCUGUUACAGUCAGUGUGUGCUCAUAUUAAGAAUGGGUAAAGUUUCAAAUGCAGCGGUCACUGAGUAAGACACAAGCGCAGUCUUCAGAUUGCUCUGAAUCCUCAGUUACAUUUGUUUUUUUCCUACUCUUGGCUCUGUGUGAUGUCACUGAGAGGGGAUAUUCCUCAUAUGGUCAUUUUGGACACACAGCCCUGCUCACCUGAUCUUGAAACCUUGUACUUCAAUCAGAGGAAAGUUGGCUUGUCUCAGGCAGCGGAUGGAUUGAGGGGCUGCCCCUAGCCCCAGGAUAAGAUAAAUAAGGAUUAUUGUGAACUGUAAAUCAUGCAAAGCUACUCUGCUAGAGUCCAAGAAAUAAAACAGGGAGCUGGAAAUGAGCAUAAUGGGUCCCCUUUAAGGGGUUAAAAAGUCUUGUUAUUUGCAUUGUGCCCACAGAAGACCCUAAACCUACACUAACUGUUGCAUGCAUGUCUCCAUCUUUUGUUUGAAAGUGAACUGAAUGAGACAAAUCCUGUUUUUAGCCUGCUUGUCCUAUCCGCAAUGUUUUAAUCAAGAGAGAAAGGGGGGGAUUGUUUUUCUACGAUUUUGAAAUUGAAAUUUCUUGAAUGUUUUUAAAAGAUGCUGCCUGUCUAGCAAUCUCUACGACCGUGGACUGUUCUUAACGUUUGCAUACACUUAAAAAGAAAUACACUUAGACAAGUGUCUGCAAAGUGAAAAGUGUCCUCUGAUGGUGCUUUGUACAGUAAUAAAAUAUUGUUCAUAUAUGUGGAUCAAACGAACUGUAAUUUAUCUUUAACUUAAGUAGAAAAAAGACGUUUUUUCGAACUGAAUAGAGGAAUUGCACACAAACAGAAUGAAGUUGCCUCGUCUUCGGUGACUUCUGUACCACAUAUUCUUUCACCUUUAAGUCCAGUGCACAAGCUGAUUGCCCUACAGUCUCUUUCUACACUAUGUCGCUCAGCAAUGCCCCAUAGCUGCCUCUCCAUUGAACUACACUUCUCAUUCAACAAGUUGAGAGAUGCCGCUUUUUUGUUUUUUAAUAGCAUGAUCCACUAGCAGGACUAUAUCUCUCAUAGCUGACUGAUGCAAUUUGAUGUAUGUUAACACUAUCAUUUUGUAAGAGUAUUUUAUUUUUGUGUGUAAUUAGUUCUAAUUAAACUUGCCUUUGUCUAACAAUGUAAGGCCUUGUA